AUGGCUGGAGCUGUAGCUAAAAUACCGUCGUUAAUUAACACGGCCCUCUCUGAAGCUAGACCUAAAUUUGCAAUUUUUAUGAAAUACGCUAAGGUCGAGCUUGCACCUCCUAAGCUAAACGAGAUCCCUCAAAUAAAAGCUGGUAUUAGUAAGUUGUUGUCCAGUUUUAAGUCUGGUGCAUGGAAGCAGCAAACAGUUAAACAGGCUACUCUUAACACCCUUGUUGGAGCUGAAGUGCUUUUCUGGUUCUAUGUUGGAGAAUGUAUUGGAAAGCGUCACAUUGUCGGAUACAAUGUCUAA